AUACAGUCCCACCCAUGUCUACUGGAGAAUGGCACUCGCAGUGGCUACUGUGGUUGGAAGCACUACUUGAAAAUAAAGAUGAUGAACUUCAGAACAAAGCUCAGCCGAGCGGGACAUUCUGAGGUUGCAGUCAACUCUCUGAAGAAUAAACGGAAAGGCCAAGAGAAGCCAGCAGCCAACAUCAAGUAGCCCAGGAAGGCAGAAGUUAAUUUCUGUCCAAACGUACCCAGAGGUGAAACAAGAGAGAGUAUGGAGGCAGAAAGGGUGGCUCUACUGACAGAGGUAAAAAAGAAGAAAAAGGAUGAGGCUGAGAUCAAGAGGAUGAUGCAGCAUACCUUCUCGAUCAGGAGGCAGGAGGUUCUCCAGGAGCCAGCAAUUCCAGAGUUCCAAAACAGAUGGCCAGCACUCUUUGAUGUCAGUGAGAUCAACUUAGAGUUUAUACGACUGACAACUGUACCUCUGACCUCCAAAUUCUUUGGAGAACUGGACCGUCUGACAGACAACCUUAUCAAGGUUUUCAAUACCAAAGGUGGAGCUGCAGGAAGAAAGAUCACCGCCAUAAUGGCCCAGAUGGAUAACAAUGAAGACAUCAAUGUGAGGCGUGAUUUUGUGCUGAGUUGUCUGAGCAUCUACCUCAAUGAAGACCUGAACACACUAGUUAAAGAAUACGUGGACACUGAAUCCAGAGAGGCUGAGGCAGAUGUUGCAGAGAAGACCGUGGGCAUCUACACUGUCCGAGCAGAGGGUCGUGGUCCUGAUGGUCCAGGUAAUGGACGCUUUGCUGAUGUUGGUGUUGUGCUGGAAGGCGUGAAAGUUCUCCAUAACCUGCAGAGUGUCAGACAUGCAUGUGUGAUGCUUUAUGGGCUGAUCUACGCACUCAACUUGAGCUAUCCAAAACGCCUGAAGCGUACAUUUGAGGUGUACCAGAAAAUCCUGAUGGACCUGGACUCAACCAAGCUUUCACCAAAAGUACAGGCACUGAAAAUCAAAUUGCUCCAGUGAUUUGGCUGGCAACAAUGCACUUACACAGCCCCUACCUGAUUUUUCUUUUUUCUCAGACAGGAUCUUGUGUUCAAAUGACCCCUUAGUUCUUGAAGGGUGUGUCAGGGAAAUAUCUGUUUUUGUUUUGUUUUCUUAUGAUGCUGAAGCAUUUAAUGGGAGUGUUGUGAGUGUGGCUGUGUAGGUGGGUUCAUAGAUGGAGUUUCUAAAGUGUGUUAGCUGGCAGUUUUGCAGUGGCUCAGCUCAAACUACAUUUGUCUUUCUUCCCAGAUUUAAUAGGACCUAGUUAUGUGUUUAAAAGAUAUUUAAUCUACAAAA